AUGGCGACAUUGACAAGAAACAGCACAAGAGGACCUGCAAACACCGGCAGGACAGGCGACAGUGCCACCCCUCCACAACGACCUGCAAGGACAAGGAGCAAUGUGGAAGCAAGGAAAGAGAUAGAGGAGGAGAUGCAAGCAAUCAAAACGGCACUAGACGGGAGGGAAUACCUCGAAAAAUAUCGGCUGCACGUACCUGCUGGCAAACCACCAACACCCGCAUCAAUCACACACUGUCUGAACCAAAUCGCAGUCAUGGCUGGCAACAUCCCCCCAAAGGUGGUAGCGGCACUGAGGGCAGCAGCGUUGCUGGUCAAGGGGAUGAAAGUUGAUUACGCAGCUCAAACAUUACACAAACUUAUCGUCGUGGAGAUUGGCACCUUCACCGAGGACAUCAACUCUCUGGUUCAACACGUAUGCGAAAAACUAACAGAAGAGAUCACGACCUGGAUGAAGAGCAUCGACAAGGCGACACUCAGCUUCACCCAAGCAGCACAACAGGCUCCAGCAAACCAGAUCGGCACCCAAGUGAACAACAGUGCCCUGGUCCCCAUGUCCUACAGCCAAGCGGCCAUGCUAGCUUCCUCGGCGGUCGAUCCCAUGCUCAUAGCGAAGCAGGGCAUUCAAAGGAGGCAGUUCCUGGUGGAGGGCAUUGCCAAGAACUCAAAGGUAGGAGGAAUGGACAACAAGAAGGCAAUUGUGGAGGUGAACAGAAUACUCGAAGAGAUCGCUGUCGACAAGGUCAAGGCCCACUUGAUGACGAGGCGAUCGGACAGGGGUUGGCUGCUGGAGAUGAACUCAGACCCCAGUGCCACAUGGAUGGAAACUGACGGCAACGGUGAACACUUUUGCAAACGACUCUCAAACAACGCACACAUCAAGCCAAGAAUGUACCGAGUAAUCGCCCUCAACUGCCCAUUGACAGCCAAACCUGAGGAUGACAAAUUCAUCAAAGAGAUAGAGGAACAGAACGGCCUGGACGACAGAGCGAUCAAGAAGAUGAAAUGGGUGAAGCCGGUAGUGAGGAGGAGCUCUAGGCAGAAAUCUGUGCAUAUCAUCCUCCUCACUACUGAUCCGAAAUUUGCUAACAGAUUUAUUAGCUCAGAUGCCUCAAGUGCCAAGGCUGGGGUCAUUUCGCAAAGGACUGCAUUUUCGACCUCAGAUGCGGGCACUGCACAGGCAAAGGACACAGAACAAGCGAAUGCACAACCGUUGAAGUUAGGAGAAGGAGACCAGCCAUUUGGACGGAGACGACAGGUGCAGCAUCACAGGGCCGCCAACACCAACGUGACCCAACAAGAUGGCAAUAACCACCAGAAUGAUGACAGGAGAAGCAGCAGCAGCACCGCCAAUGACAAUAACGUCAAGGAGGAGAACCUGGCCAACAACGACGACAAUUGGGGCAACAAUGCCAACAAUGACAAUGACGACUAUGUCCUGAACAACGCUGGUGGAGGCUGGAACAACAGUCUAGGCGACACCUCAGGUUGGACCAUGAUAAACCUCAACCAGUCAACCAUUGCCCAACACGACCUCAUCAACAGACACGACCUCGCCAACAAAUAUGAUGUGUCUUUCCGAAGGACAGGCUCAGACUCAAAGACAAGACACGAUCGGUCAUAUGGGUCAACAAGAACAUCGCGACUAAGUGCUGGUACAUAUGGUAAACUCACAAUAUUCAACAUCUACAACCCAAUCAACUCAAGAGGAGUAGAGAUCAAGCUGGACACCUACCUACGAGAUAAUGCAGAGAACAUCCAUUUUGAGAGGUCGGACCACGUCGUUUGGGCAGGUGAUUUCAACAGGCACCACCAGAUGUGGGACAAGGCUGAAGAUACCCACCUCUUCACCAGGGAGACCCUCCAAGCAGCAGACCACCUAAUUGAUGCUCUCAUCCAACAUGGAAUGAUUAUGGCCCUUCCACCAGGCAUACCCACACUCCAGCAUAUGAACCUAAUAACGAAAUGUGAUAUCGACGUUGACCACCAGCUGGCAUGCACUGACCACCUCCCAAUUGUAACGACGAUCGACUUGCCCUAUGAGAAGGCCGACGACAAACCGACAAAAAACUUUCAUUCAGCUGACUGGGACAAGUUCAACAAAGUACUCGAGGAGGAACUUGGCAACAUCCCACCCCCCAGCCUACUGCAGAGUGCCUUCGAACUUGAUAUUGCUGCGACAACUCUGACCACGGCACUUCAAAAUGCCAUCCAGAAGGCAAUCAAGGACCAGAAGCCACUACUGCAGGCAAAGAGAUGGUGGAAUGAUGAUCUGGAAAAGCUGAGAAAGAUAAAGAACAAGCUAAGUUCUGAGUCCUACCGUUGGCGAGUUUUUGAAGACCACCUGGUGCAUGCAGAAAAACGUCGGGCAAUAGCAAGAUUCAAAAAAGCGGUUGAGAAGGCCAAGAAAACUCAUUGGGAGGACUUCUUACAAGACAUUUCAACCACAGACAUCUGGACAGCACAUAGAUAUGUCAAGGAGCCACCCAUAGAUGGAGGACGCCCCUGGAUUCUGACGCUAAAAACCACUGAUAAUGGAGCAGAGCAAGAGGUAACAGACAACAGGGAGAAGGCAGAGACCUUCGCGAAGGCCUUCUUUCCCCCGCCACCAGUGACCAGCUCGGUACCCAAAGACUAA